CUCUUUCCCGGCAGUGCAGUGGGCUUUACCGAGGGCGAAAAUGUCUAUGGGUAGUGAUUUCUACCUGCGCUACUACGUUGGGCACAAGGGCAAGUUUGGGCACGAGUUUCUGGAGUUCGAGUUUCGGCCGGACGGUGGUCAGCCCUGUUAAGAAGAAGCUGAAUAUCUCCUUACCAGUCACUGGCUGUCAGAACACAUUGAACUGGGAAAGCUUAGAUAUGCCAACAACAGCAACUAUAAAAACGAUGUGAUGAUCAGAAAAGAGGCCUAUGUUCACAAGAGUGUAAUGGAAGAACUGAAGAGAAUUAUCGACGACAGUGAAAUUACAAAAGAGGACGACGCUUUGUGGCCGCCCCCUGACAGGGUUGGCCGGCAGGAACUUGAAAUUGUAAUUGGGGAUGAACACAUUUCUUUUACCACAUCAAAAAUAGGUUCUCUUAUUGAUGUAAAUCAAUCAAAGGAUCCCGAAGGACUCCGUGUAUUUUACUAUUUGGUGCAGGACUUGAAAUGUUUAGUGUUCAGUCUCAUUGGACUGCAUUUCAAGAUUAAGCCAAUUUAAUUUAUUACUUUAAAGGUUAUUUAUAUAUUUAAUUAAAGGAAGGUUUUUUAUUGAUAAUUUUGGGAUUUUUAUGAAUGUGAAACUUUUGUAUAUAAACUCAAUAUGUGAAAAAAAAACAGGUUUAAUGGUUUUUCUCUCGUGGGUCCAUGUGGGCUAGACAGUCCCUAUAUGCAUUUGAUUCUGUAAAUAAAAGCCACUUUUUGUUAAAAUUUUGCUCUAAUAAAAUGUACUAAAGCCUG